CUUCAGAGUUUGGGGAUAAUGUGCGAAUGGAAGCAUAGAUACAUGUUUCUGGGGAAGAUUUUCGCCGCUACACUUCCCUGUAUGACUGGAACAACAACAAUACUGCAUGGACUAACAACUGUAUUCAAAUUACGAGCCUACACUGGCGUUCGAAUUUUUCCAGAAAUAACGUAUUUUGUAGUUCGUACUGUAAAAACAAAAAAAAAAGUAAGAAAUAAAAUUUCUUUCAACCCUAAAAGCGGGAGCUAAAAGACCGGAGACCAACUUCAGCCGGUAACCGGAUCUACAAAUGGCCUCUACGUCCUAUUCGGAUAAACAGCCUGGUUCUGACGUGGAAAAAGAAAGGACACAUCUAUGUGAUGAGUUUGCUACGAUAACGGGCACUGACAGCGCGGUAGCUCAGUGCUAUCUGGCUGAGAAUGACUGGGAGAUGCAGAGAGCUUUGAACUCCUUCUUUGAGGCAGAUAUGGAGAGAGUGUUUGCAGAAGAUCUUGAAGAUGACGCCAACCCCACACCCAAAAAACAGAAAACAGAGGAGCAACCGCCAGCAAACUGCAUAGACUUGACUGGAGACAGCCCUGCCAGUUUAUGUAAAUCAGCAGAAGAAGAUGAAAAAAAACUGUCUCUGAUCUCCUGGAACGUGGACGGACUUGACACGGACAACCUUGGAGAGCGAGCCAGAGGCCUUUGCUCCUAUUUAGUCUUAUAUACUCCUGAUGUGGUGUUCCUACAAGAGCUCAUUCCACCUUACGUUCAAUACCUGAAAAAGCGGGCUGUUAGCUAUCUUAUUAUUGAAGGUGGUGACGACGCUUACUUCACUGGGAUGAUGCUGAAGAAGUCCCGAGUCAAAUUCUUAGAGAGUGAUAUUGUAACUUACCCUACAACCCAGAUGAUGAGGAACCUGCUGGUAGCACAGGUGACUUUCAAAGGCCAUAAGCUGUGCCUGAUGACGUCCCACCUCGAAAGCUGUAAGGGCCACGCACAAGAGCGGAUGAAGCAACUGCGAGAGGUCAUGCAGAGGAUGAAAGACGCACCGGAUGAUGUCACGGUACUUUUUGGAGGAGACACAAAUCUGAGGGACACUGAGGUGGUCAAAGUGGGCCUCCCGGCUGGUGUCUGUGAUGUGUGGGAGAAACUUGGCAAGCAGGAGCACUGCCGCUACACAUGGGACACCAAAGCCAACAGCAACAAGACUGUUCCGUUCGUCAGCCGCUGCCGCUUCGACCGCGUUUACCUCCGCCCUGCGACUAAGGAAGGAGUCCCACAGCUGGCCCCUGAUCACAUGGCUCUGGUGGGGCUGGAGAAGCUGGACUGUGGUCGCUACACAAGUGACCACUGGGGGAUUUAUUGCAGCUUCACUGUGGGGUAGAAGCUCACUUUGUUUUUGCUUUUUUUAGGUGUUUUGCAGACUGAGGAUUUAAAAGGUUUAGUGUAUAAUUUUGCUUAAAAGAUGUUGACCUCUUUUGAGGUUUAUUUCUUGUUCUUUGUAUGUUCUGAUGCAUCUAUAUUUUACAUUUUGAAAAUUGUUCUCUUAAUUGCCAAUAAAUAAAUAUGCACCGACUGAAAA